CGUGCAGCGUGCGCGCUGUCCGCCUCGCUUGGGCUGCAGCUGCCCAUGGGGUGGGUGGAGGCCGACGCGGGCCAGGGAUAUGCACCUGGAGUGUGGCACAUCCCUGCUGCCGACACGCUGCAUCGUGACGCCGUUGCCUGGGCAGCCGCAGCAUUCGCAAAUGGUGUCGCGGCGGGCUGUCACAUCGUCCCUCUUCUCCGUGGUGACGACGCGGAGCCCGAGGAGCAGACCAGAAUGCUCGACACCUUCGGCGCAGUUGUGAGCACCGACGGCACCGUGCUGGCUGACGAUGCGAAGGGCAACCAGAGCAGUACCCAGAACGCCUGCGAGACGGAGGUGAACUCGGGCGACGUGCUGCAGAUCCUGGCGCGGUGGGAGGCCGCACAAACAACCCCCAGCAGCGCGGAGCCCGUGGGCCAGGGCAGGAUACUCGACACCUUCGGCACGGAGCUGAGCGCCGACGGCAACCUGGAGGCCGACGGGGCGCAGGUGAGCAUCGACGACAGUCAGCUGGUCGACGGCGGCCAGCAGAGCUUCAAGGCCGACGGGGCGCGGGUGAGCAUCGACAACAGCCCGCUGGUCGACGGGGGCCAGCACAGCUGUAAGGGCAACCAGGGCAGUACCCACUACUCCCACCUGACGGAGGUGAGCGAGGUCGACGUGAUGCAGGACCUGGCGCGGCGAGCCGUGCACAGGCAAUGGUGGCGUGCGCGACAUGAGAUAGCGGACGAGUGGAUAUUCGAAAUCGCCCUGGCGGCGGACUGGGCCAAGCAGGACAGCAUUGGUCCGUGCGCCCAACCGUUACACCGUUCGCUGGCCAUGACACGGCCCAGCGCGCACAAGCACCCCUUGCUCCAAGGCUGGGUCGGACACAGGACCAACCGCAUGGGCGUGGGGCUGCAGACAUGGGGGCACUCGGCGCCCAUGUGGGGCGAAGGAUUCUUCGUGAACGACAUGUGCCCGUUUGGGCACAGGCAUUUCGCCGACGACUCGCUGGUCGUCGAUGAUGUCCUUCAGAAAAUGGGUGCAGCUCGAGCGGACCACAGCGACCUGGUGCUCGAUCGUGAGGCGGCGUGCAUGGCAGCAGACGAGGGA